CGUUGAUUGACAUGUUGAACGACCAUUGAAAUGCUGCAGACUUCUCUUCUAGCUCCUGAAGCACGCCAGUGGUUCUGUUUUAAACUCCUGCAUCAGCCUACUUCCCAGCAGAUGGCAACAUACCCUAUCAUUGGCUGCAACUUUCUAAUGUAAACUGCAGGAACCGAAGACCGAAAGAGAUCGAGAGAGGCAGAGCGAUACCAAAAGGCACACAAGAGGUGUCCGCAGACCGAACUGUCUUGCUGAACAAUUCAGAAUUCUAAGUGUUAGAUAUUCUGUCUGUUUUGUUAAAACUCAAGAGCUAUUGAAAGGAGUGUAUCUUCCGUGGGCUCGUGGAGAGGUUCAGUAAGAGUUUGGCCGCCAUGCAACACUAUGGGGUCAAUGGUUAUUCCCUUCAUGCCAUGAACUCUCUGAGCGCAAUGUAUAAUCUCCAUCAGCAGGCAGCACAACAAGCACAGCACGCUCCUGACUACAGACCAUCUGUCCAUGCCCUGACUCUGGCAGAGAGGCUGGCUGAUAUUAUCCUCGAGGCAAGGUACGGCUCCCAGCACCGUAAGCAGCGCCGCAGCCGGACCGCCUUCACAGCCCAGCAACUGGAGGCGCUGGAAAAGACAUUCCAGAAAACCCACUACCCCGAUGUGGUGAUGAGGGAGCGACUGGCCAUGUGCACCAACCUGCCUGAAGCUAGAGUGCAGGUGUGGUUUAAAAAUAGGCGCGCUAAAUUUCGAAAGAAGCAACGCAGUCUGCAGAAGGAGCAGCUGCAGAAACAGAAAGAGGCCGAAAUGAGUCAGGAUGGAGCGAAAUCCGAGAAACCAGCCACGGAGACACAGGGCUGCUCAGAAGUCAGCGAGGCACGCAGCGCUGGCGGCGAGCCGAUUAACAUCGAGCUAAAUGUCACCUCGGCCGAGCAGUCAGACAGUGAAUCAUCGGCAGAGGAGCAGAUAGAGAGAGAGCGAGAGUUCAAAUCUCCGACAGAGGAACUCAAGCAGGACAAGGGCUGCAGUCCCGACAGCAAAGCGACGGCCUGUAAACGGGGAAGUCCCAAAGCAGAUUCACCAAUCAACACGACAGGGACACCAGCGUCCAGCAGUGGGAGUAACGUGGGACAGACCCACUCUUACUCCUCAUCUCCGCUGAGCCUGUUCCGACUCCAAGAGCAGUUCCGUCAGCACAUGGCAGCGACCAACAACCUCGUCCACUACUCCUCCUUUGACAUGGGCAGCCCACCGGCUAUGCCAUACCUCGGCAUGAACAUGAACGUGGCUCCCAUCAGCUCUCUUCACUGCCAAUCCUACUACCAGUCGCUGUCGCACGCCCAGCAAGUGUGGUCCAGUCCCAUUCUGCAGGCAUCGAGCGCCCUGCCCAAUCUCAACAGCAAAACCACUAGCAUUGAAAACCUCCGGCUACGGGCUAAGCAGCACGCUGCCUCUCUGGGGCUUGACAGCUUACCGAACUGAAAACCAGUAGGACGGGGGGAAAUACACGCUUCGAAAUGAAGACUUACCACAACGCAAGACAUGAUCGAAUCUAAGACGAGCUAGAUGUUGCCACCUUUGGCAAGAUGCUUUAAAAGCGAGUCCAAACGUGAAACUUCAUUGCAUAUCAGUUUCCUAUGAUCAGACGGAAUCAUCACAUAUAUUGUACGGGGUAAACUAAAACCAACAGGCUCUACUGCAAAAAAAAA